AUGUCGCUUUUCAAGAUCUCCAAGAACAAGAUCGCCUCGGCUGUCAGCACCCCUACUCAGACCCCCCGCUCCUCGCUCCAAAUCAAUGCCUCGGAUGCCAACAUGACCUCUACCGUGAUAUCCGCUGAUGUCGAGAGACUCCUUAAGAAGACUACCACCAUUGGUCACAACCAGGCCUUGUCGCUGGCUAGGAUCCGACUUCUCUUGACAUGCAUGUCUUGA